AUGAAGGUUGCAGUUGGGUUUCUACAACACUGCCUGGUACGGCGUCGCACCGGUACUUCUGUCACAACCGUUUUUAGUACGGCCCCAGCGGCAUCGUUGUCAUCAUGGACGUGCGCAACGCGUCGACACAUUGCCACCUUCAAGGGCCAUUCACGGGAAUUCUUGGACGAGGUCAACAGGGAGAAGGUGGCAUUGGUGUACUUUUAUGCGCCGUGGCGUGAACCGCGCAAUCGCGUCUAUGUCAAACUGGAAGCGUUUUUGAAUAAAGGGCGCCCCGCGGUGCGAGGAGGUUCCGAGGCCACAUCGUCAACUAGCCUUGCAUCAUCAUCAUUAUCAACACAGUCAGCAGCAGCAGCAUCGCCCUCAAGGGAUCCGGCAGCAGAAGGGACUUUACAACCCGGUGCCUUGGCUGACCCCAAGUCACGGGUGGACCCAGAGGUGCUGCUGAAGAGUGUGCGUGAAUUUUGCAUGCGGGCGCGGGCGAACGGCAGGACUGUGCGCAUCAUUCCCGUCAAUACCGACGAGAACCCCAAGUUGGGGGCUCUGCAUGACAUCCGCAGCGUUCCAACGUUUGUGACGUACCGCGAUGGUCGCAUCGUGGGGCGUGUCGAGGGCUUCAGUGAAGAUCAGAUAGAGCAGCUCGUAAAGGAACUGCUGCAGGAGGACUCUGGCGACACGCCGGUGACCGAUCAAGCGAAGAGGAAUUGGAAGCCAAAAGAGUGCGAGGAAACAAAAAAAGGGGAGAAAAAGUAA